GUAGGUCAUAAGAGCGAAGCAGUUAGUAAUAUGUUUCUUUGAAAAAUUCAUUAUUUUUUUAAUUAAUAUUGAGUUACAACGAUAACGUAUAGCGGAUAAACAGCAUUCCCGCGGGUUGUCCGGUGAUAUCUGCAAAGCAGGUGUGGCAUGUCCAGGCGCAGCCGGAACAGUCGAGCGUGGCGCAGCGUGUGGAGCGGGAUUCGGCGGGAUGCUGAUGCAAAGACACUGGUGCUGCCCUCGGAGAACGAUGAAUGGGGUUGUGACCGCCUACAGUACAGUGACUCAGAUUCAGAGGCAGAGUAUCCAGGGAUAGUACCUUCAGUGCCAAGUGCGGUUCCAGUAACCGGAGAGUCGUACUGUGGAUGUGAUUUGGAGAUGGAAUCGAGUUAUGACCCACGUCUACGCAGUUACGCGCGGCUGCGAGACUGCCACUGUGGUGAAGAUGACCAAGAAUUUGACUGGGUGUGGGACGAGGGAAGUCGGUCGGCAGCCACGCUGCUGAGCUGUGAGAACAGGAAGGUGAGCUUCCACUCAGAGUACAGCUGCGGCACGGCGGCCAUCCGCGGCUCCAAGGAGCUCUCAGACGGACAGCACUUCUGGGAGAUUAAAAUGACCUCGCCGGUCUACGGGACAGACAUGAUGGUAGGAAUUGGCACAUCAGAUGUCAAUCUGGACAAAUACCGACAUAAGUUCUGCAGUUUACUGGGAAAAGAUGAAGACAGCUGGGGCUUGUCAUAUACAGGGUUGUUGCAUCAUAACGGUGACAAAGUAAGUUUCUCAUCACGAUUUGGUCAAGGUUCCAUCAUCGGGGUUCACUUGGACACCUGGCACGGAACUCUCACCUUCUUUAAAAAUCGCAAAUGCAUCGGUGUAGCUGCUACAGAGCUGCAGAACAAACAUGUGUACCCCAUGGCAUGUUCCACAGCAGCCAAAAGCAGCAUGAAGGUGAUCCGCUCAGUCUCCGCCCCCACCUCACUCCAGUACCUCUGCUGCUUUCGUCUGCGGAAGCUCCUCCCUUCAGGAGCCGACGCCCUCAGAGUGCUGCCCCUCCCACCAGGACUCAGGCAUCUCUUACAUUCCAAACUUGGCUGGGUGCUAAGCUUGGACCACUCGCAUACGCAUACAAACUCGAACACGCACACAUUAGCCGGGCCCUCUUCAGGCAGCGAAUCGGACGGCUGCGCUUCAGACCCUGAGGCCUGCCAGAGGAAACGCUGCCGCUGGACCUGAGGCGAACACACACGUACCUACAUACACACGCUUACGUUUAAAACAUUGUCAAGUCUUUUCAGUUUCAGAUCUACUUACAGUGGACUGGGAGAAAAAAUAACAUUAUUAAGAUGUUAACGUAUCUGACUUAACAAGAAGUCGCUCCACAUUAAGGUUAUAUUUGAUUUUAAUUUCUGUGGGACUGUUAAAAUUGCAUUUUACUGUGCGGAUCAUAGUAAAAAAAAUAUGUUAAAUUCAAUACUUUUCUGUAUGUACAGAUCAUGUAAAAGACAGGCACAUGCAGUCUGAUGCAUCACGUCUAAACCGUGAACUGUUUUUAUACUUCAUUGCAUAGUGCUGAUUGUCACUUUCUCUUCUGUCCCUGCUGUCUCUUUCAGGGUUUCGGAACUUCAUUUGCCACACGUUUCAAUGUUAUAUAGAUUCUCAGUAUUAUCUUUACCUAUAACCUUCAGCACUGUGCCCUUGUCUACCUGUACUUCAGCAUAGCUUAUAUCCAGACAAGUGGAGUGAGUACAAUGGACACUCGGAUGAAUAGUUUGGUUUAGUUUUCAGUUACUAUUUGACGUACCAUAUAAGAUGUAAUUCACCAUUCAGGCCUGCAGACCAGGCGACUAGCCUGGAUGCAGAUCUCAUCAGUAUACCAUUGAUGUGAUAAAUCUGACUCUGUAUGCUACCUUUAACUACUUUUUGGAACUUGCUACAUUUGAGAAGUCUGAAAGAGAUCAUAAUAAUGUAUUUUAUGCUGCCAUGCCACCAGACAUACAGGGCUAUCAUUAAAGCUGAAGUGCCAACAUCUGCAGUUUGGCUUUAGUAUUUUUGCAAUUAAUCAGUGCGUUCUCUGUUCAAUUCACACCUGUUUUUAUAACAAGAAACCGACUUGGCUUUGUUUUAUGUUGGUUAAAAAAAAAGCAGCUCUUUUUGUUUGUCUUAAACCAGACAAUGUAGAAUCUAAAGAUGAUUUGUCAGGCCUACAGUACAGUACUGUGCAAAAUUCUUGAGCCACCCCUCAUCUCUUCAUAUUUUGCUUUCAGUGAUCCAGACUUUCUUGUAUUUUUUAUGUCAUCUUGAGGAAUAGUUUUGGCUCUCAUUUUCAAGCAAGUUAAUGUACUUAAGUAGUUUUAGUGGAAUGUUCUUUGUUUGUUAAGCCACACUCAAGCAUAAAAAUUUAACUUGAGAGCGAGUUGGCAGAUGAUUGGUAUACUACUGAUGCUGAAUGCUGGUUUGAACAGAUGAGAGAAAAAUAAGGUUGCCGCUUAGGUUGUUACAUAAUUAAAAAAAUGUAACCAAUUUUUUAAUUGUAUCUUUAGGCACUUUGCAGCCCGUCACAGUGGAUUAUUUGUUCCCAUUUCUUUAAGUUAAUUUAAGUAAAUUAGUUUACCUAAAUAUGAAGAAAUGAGUGUGGCACAGUGACUUAGUGGUUACUGCUUUUGCGUUGCACCUCCAGGGUCAAGGGUUUUAUUUCUGUGUCGGGUCCGUGGCCACAGAGUUUGCAUGUUCUUUCCGUGCUUGGUGGGUUUCCUCCGGGUAAUCCAGUUACCGUCCACCUCCCAAAGACAUGCAGAUUAGGUUACUAUAUUUCCUGUUGUAUGAGGAUGAAUGCCUAUGCGUGUGCUCUGCGAUGAAUUGUCACCCUGUCUCGUCAAAGUCUCCUGGGAUAGGCGAUAAAGAAAUGAGCGGCUCAGUACUUUUGAUAAGUAAUGAAUACAUACUACUUUUAGCCUAUAUACUAUGUAUAUUUUAAAAGUUAAUUUGUUUUUUCCCCAAAAGAAAGGACAAGAUGACAAUCUUUUAGAGAUUAUACUAAGCAGGUCAAUACAUAUGGUAAACCUGUUGUGCCAACAAUAUAGACAUGGUGACUGCCAUUUUUGGAAGAUUGUCAUCUCCUUGGGCUUUCCUUUUCCAGGUUGUAUUUUUGACAAAACUUGGGAGACGUUCGUGGGUGGACAUUACCCUACAUUGAUUUAAACUAUGUGAACCAUGUGAACCAGAUUUGCAGACGUAUCAGUGCAUGCAAUUGCCUUAACUAUUUAUGAUAUAAAGAGGGGCCAAAAAAUCUAUACACACUUCAUCAGUUGUUAUAUAUGCUCUUUUUUAAACUUUAAUUGGAUUAUGACAGCAAUGUGUAAUAUUAUGUUUCCUCUGAAGAUGUCAGUAGUCACACCAUCGUUGAUGCUAUCACGCCUUCUGACCGUUAUAAGGGAGGCAUAUAAUUUUCAUGUUAAGGUCUGCAUGCUUUUUAGGGGGGGAACCUCUGUAUUAACAUUUUAACUACAACAUUGAUAUAUAGCUGUAGUGAUGGCAGCUUUCUGAAGUCUGCUUACACUGCAUCUUACACGUUUAAAUUCUUGCCAGUUUUUAAUUUCUAUCUUUUAUUGGUACUGUUAAAAAUGGAAAAUGAGGAAGAUAAAGGGUCUGUUUGCAUUAAGGUUUGUUUUACUGAAUUAAACUUUAGAAACAGGUAUGAAUUGAAUGGAUGAUACACAAAGGGCAAUUUUAGUCUGCUUGCUACAGUUAUUUAUGAGACACUUUAGAAAUUAUGCUUUCUGGCUUCUCAGAUAAAGCAACAUUUAGACCAAACACAAAUAAACCUUAAAAAAAAGCCACAGAAGGACAUGUGAACUGUAAAGUUGCUGCUGAUAAUGUUGUAUUAAAUUUAUCAGGUUGAAGUCCACCCCUGUGAAUUUGCAAACCUUUUCCUCUGGGUUACUGAGAUAAUAGAAGAUAAUACAGAGAACUGUUGGUAAAAUUCAGGGUAUUAUGUCCUAUUUUUCCUUUUAGCAUAGAGGCGUCUUAGUCACCACCAUACACUAGGAUUCUUCUAGUCAGAUUGUCUUUAUCUCUGCCUGCUUGGGUCUUUUUCUCAGCAAUGUUGAUAACUUUGUCAAAGACAUGUUCCUAGUACUACAGCAAGGAACCUGACAAACUAGAUUUCAACUUAAUUAUGGUCCUUCUGUUAACUUUUGUGCUGUCCUUUCAAAUGUUUUUGUUUCAUUCCACAUUUAACAUGAGCUUCAUUCCUGCUUGAAAUCAUUUUACUUUUAUGUACCUUGCCAAGUCAAUUGACUGGUGUAUUAACAACUCAUCACUGUAGUCUUUUGCUGACAAUUCUAUUUAUACCUGUCCAAUUUAACAAAAUCCUGGCUGAGUAUUUGUCACUGGCGUAGUACUGUACUGUUGUGCAAGAGUGAAUGCCUGUGAAUUGUGUAAAAAUGUUGUCAUCAAACACCUGCAUGAACCUGUGAUCUGAGCUCACUUUGGUCUUAACUCAGCUUUUGUGGAGGUCUGUUUUGUCUUCUUUACAUCACUUGCGGCUCUCACUAGGCCCACUUCUACCCUAAUGCAAAGGAAAAGCACUUAACGCCAGACUUGCAAAGAAAGAGAAUACACCUGCAAUGUAAACCAACAAAUGUGAAGUUAAUGCUUGUUUUACAACAAGAUCUUGGAUCUUUUUUUAGCUCAAUUAACACAACGAUGUUCUCAGUUCAUAUGCUUUCUGAGCAGAGUACCUGCCUUUGUUCUUACAACCAUACUUUUUUUUUUUUUCAUCUCUUUGUGAGGGUUGAAUUGAUAGUAGCUUUAGUGUGUAUAGGUUUUGUAAUUCACUGUAAAAAAGAAAAAAAAAAAAUUUAUGCAUUAAAGCACUUUUCCACCUUUGUAUGCAUGUAUAAGUGCAUACAGGUCCUUUAUGCUCUGUAAUGUACAUAUUGUAUGUAUUGGCUUAUUCUCUUUCCUCUGUCUCCCUUUACUGUAUGUCAAGCAUGGGCUUUAACUGAUCGAAGGGGUUUGAUAAAAAUCAUGUACACGGGGGGAAACGGCUGGAUAUGUAGGUCAUUUUUAAGCAUAAUAAAGGUUUAAGAACUA